AUGGCAAUGAUGGCCGUGCUUGGCCUCGCACUUGGCCACGAGUCCACUGAACCAAGUGCUUUUGGCAUUCCCAAGUAUCGCUUUGACCUUUACGCCCAAUCGGACAAAGAGUGCGAAUACAACUUUCGAUUUAAACGCGAUGAAAUCAAACUGAUUGUACGCCAACUUGGCAUUCCAAACCCGCUGCCAAACAAAUACCGAUACUACGCCACCGCCGAGGAAGCCCUGUGCAAACUCCUUAACCGAGUCGCGAGGCGAUUUGCGCUAUUGCAAAUGAAGCCAUGA